ACCGCGGACUCUAACACUCGAGUUAGUUUUCAAUUAAACCCUAAACCCCAUCACCUUUUUUCUCUUUCUCUUUAGCCCAUCGACAACUCUCCUCCGCCAAUCUCUUCGCCGGCGACUUUUCAUACGAUCUGCAGCUGACAAUCUCGACGACCAGUCCUACCCAUCAGUUUGACGUGAUCUUGUGCGUUUCCUUGAUUCACGAGCGACACAUUCACCCAUUAAUCUGACUUGCUUUGUGAGCACGAUUCCGACGACUUUGGUUGGGGUUUUGAGGUACCAUUUCUUCUCCGCUUUAGGGUCCAACAUAAACAAUAAGUUCAGUGUCACGUUUUCGGCAACGUGGAGUUUGGCAGCAGCGAUUUUGAUUUUGGGAUAAGGUUUCGACGAGUUCCGGCAUUGACCCACGCUUUGGUUGGCUUCAAAUUGGGUUACCCAUAGCGUUUGAGGACUAAUUUUGUAAGUUCCGACGAUUUCAGAUACCAACCGGUAAGGAUUGAAGCUUUUUCGAUAAGAUUGGGUAAGGUUUAUUUUGUUAAUUCUUAUAACGAAUUGGUUUCAAGUGUUGGGAUAUUAUCACGAACUCUUGGAAUUUGUUUGUUGUUGGGUUUGGGUAGAUUUCUAAGUGUUUGAUUCAUGUUCAACAAGUGUGAAAACACUUUGGUCUAGUUUGGACUCGAGUAAAGUAUGUCAGGGUAAUGUCUGGUUUGUGAAAGGUUGGUGGUGGAAGUUCUGGACUAAUUUGGAGUGUUUUAUUAAGGUAUAUGGUGGAUUUUGGAUAAGAAUGUUCAUCUUUUGUAUUUUAAAGUUUUGAAUGACAGAGCUAUUUGAUUUGAAAUGUAUGGACUAAUCAAGAUGAAGAUUUUGAAGGUUUUUCAUUUAUUCAUACAUUCAUAGGUUGGUUUUUGUUAUAUAAAAGUUCGCACAGUUAAAAAAGAUAUACUAGAUGACUCUGAUUGCUGAAUUUGGACUUCUGUUUCUACAUGAUUAGUACUUAUGAGCACCUUAAGAAAUAUCGCAAAGCACCCAACAAUUGCUUUGAUUGAUUCCUUCAUCACGCUGAAAGAGCUCAAACAAAUCCACACCCAACUGGUCAUUAAUGGCCUUUUAAAUAAUCGCGAACUUUUAGGCCAAUUUGUUGCGUCCAUUGCCGUAAGAAACCCUACCAAUUUAUUGUAUUCUAAUCAAAUUUUAGACCAAUGUGCCAAACCAACCUUAUUUGCCUUAAACUCCAUGAUCAGAGCCUAUUCCAAAAGCUUGACCCCACAUAAAAGCUUCCAGUUUUACAACAAAAUUCUCCAAUCCAAUGAUGUUAUGUCACCAGACAAUUACACUUUCAAUUUUCUGGUUCGGACUUGUGCGCAAUCUGCCUGUGAAGCAGGACCAGCUGUUCAUGGUGCACUCAUCAAACAUGGUUUUGAAUAUGACCCACAUGUUGAAAGUGGGUUAAUCUUUAUGUAUGCUGAAAUGAGUUGUUUGAGUUCAUGUCAUCGCGUGUUUGAGUCAGUUCAGAAACCAGAUUUAGUCUGUCAAACGACCAUGGUCAGUGCAUGUGCAAAAUGUGGUGAUAUUGGUUUUGCACGGAACCUGUUUGACUCAAUGCCUCAGAGGGAUUUUGUGUCAUGGAAUGCUAUGAUUGCUGGUUAUGCUCAAAGGGGACAAUCAAGGGAAGCUUUGAAUCUUUUUAAGCUUAUGCAAAUGGAUGGUGUCAAGGUUAAUGAGGUGUCUAUGAUUUCUGUUGUAACAGCUUGCACUCACUUGGGUGCACUAGACCAAGGGAAAUGGGCCCAUGCUUAUAUAGAAAAAAACAAGAUUCAGAUGACUGUCAAUUUGGGUACUGCACUUGUUGAUAUGUAUUUCAAAUGUGGAAAUGUUGAUAGGGCAUUGAAGGUUUUUUGGGAAAUGAAUGAAAAGAAUGUAUAUACUUGGAGUACUGCCAUAGGUGGGCUUGCCAUGAAUGGUUAUGGCCAGAAGUGCCUUGAACUGUUUUCAUUUAUGAAACAUGAAGGAAUUGCCCCUAAUGAAAUCACAUUCAUUUCUGUUCUAAAAGGUUGUAGUGUGGUCGGAUUCGUUGAUGAAGGUCGUUCACAUUUCGACUCAAUGAAGAGAGAUCAUGGUAUUGAACCACGGCUUGAGCACUAUGGUUGUAUGGUGGAUUUAUAUGGUCGAGCGGGACGAUUAGAAGAGGCUCUAAACUUCAUCAACACCAUGCCUCUUAAGCCACAUGCAGGUGCUUGGGGAGCUUUGCUUAAUGCCUGUAGAAUGUACAAGAAUAUGGAGUUGGGCGAGUUCGCCUCAAGAAAACUGAUUGAGGUUGAAGGCAAGAAUCACGGUGCCUAUGUCUCGUUAUCGAACAUAUACGCUGACACGGGAAACUGGGAUAGAGUAAGUAAUGUACGCCAAUCAAUGAAAGCUGAAGGCAUAAGCAAACUCCCUGGUUGCAGUGUUAUGGAGGUCAACGGAGAAGUUCAUGAAUUCUUUUCUGGUGACAAGUCUCACCCGAGUUACGAUGUGAUUGAAACAAUGUGGGGAGAGAUCUCUAAACGGUUGAAGUUAGCAGGUUAUGUAGCAAGUACUAACUCUGUGCUAUUUGAUAUAGAGGAAGAAGAAAAAGAAGAUGCGUUGUGUAAACACAGUGAGAAGAUGGCCAUUGCAUUUGGAUUGUUUAGUUUGAAGGAGGGGUUGCCCAUUAGAAUUGUGAAGAAUCUCAGAAUUUGUUGGGAUUGCCAUGAUGUAUCAAAGAUGAUAUCCAAAAUUUUUGAGAGGGAGAUUAUUGUCAGAGAUAGGAACAGGUUUCAUCAUUUCAAAGAUGGUGAGUGUUCUUGUAAGGAUUUUUGGUGAAAUUAGUCACACCAUGACUUUUUUUCCCUCAAAUCACCAAUCCUUUUGCUUUCUUUCAUUUUUUUUCUUUUUAGAAAAAGAGACAAAUGACUAAAGACAUAACAAUAAUGACAAAAAUAAAAUCACAAACUAUAAACACAAGUAAACAUUAAUUUGUGUUCUUGUGUUGAACUCUAAAAAAAACAUUUUCAACAAUCAUAAUUACAAACUUUAUCCAAGAAAUUGCAUAAAGUAAAAAAAAACUCCAAACCUUUUACAGUGAUUUUUCUUUUGUUUCUUCUUUGACGAUUUGAAUAAUAUACUAAUAACAACUAAUACUAAUUUAAAGUUUCAUUGAAACUAUAUAAUUGAGAGAUUAUAAUGAUGAAAAAUAUAAUAAAACUCAAAGUAACUUUUGUGGAA